AUGGCAGCACUAGCGACCACAACGGUACGCGAGAUGACUGAUAGUGUAAGUGAAGUGUCUGGGACGGCCAGAUCAUCAUCAUCGACAGCGCCGAUCAUCACAUUAUCGGGCGUGUUUCGAAGACGCAUCGAGAACCUCAAACACAACAGUGAGUGCGAAAAUGAUGAGCAGCGCCACAACCAGACAUUACCCUCGUUUGCCGACGCCAAGAUGGCCGCAUCCGACUCCGGUGUGUUCCUCUCGAUGCAGGACAUCGAUCGAGAUCCGCCCGGUAGUGGAGCCGGCAGUGUUAUCGGUAUGUCACGGUUGCUCUCCAACGGUGGUGGUAGCUCCGGAGCCCGCACCAAGGAGCCAACGCCGCGGCUGGAUCGCGAUCGUUGCACGGCACCGGAGAGCAAUAUCGCAAGCAACGCUGGAGUACUGCAGCGGAAGGUCGUACGGGAGGAGGAAGACGACCGCACCGUGGAUGGGAAUGAUAACGGUGUAGAUAACGACGACGAGGAAGUGGGCAUAACGCUGCGGCUGGGAAAGAAGAAACCCGAACUGAGACUGAUGAAGGAUCGUACCUGUCAGAGUUUGCCGGACGUCAACAGUCCGCGCCCGAAAGCGUUACCGAAGGUAGUAACCGCCUGUGAUAGUACGGAUACGGAUGGGUUCGCCGAGCCCGAUGACGACGACAACGACGACAACGUCAAUCAACCCUCCGCACUGGUGCGACCUAGUGAUACGGGUGGCACAUCCACAAUGGCCGCAAUAGUGGAGCAACCGGCCGGUAGCAGCAGUGGUGAGGAAGAAAGUGGCACUGCCGCAACCGCUGUUCCUGCUCCGAACAAUCCGCUAGUGAAGCCGGUGCCUGUGCCCGGCCCGCCAAUAUCCGACCCAAACGUACUGCAAGUGUUCGCGAUCGAUCCCAAACUGAUCAACAAAUACGACGGGUUGGAGCAAACGCUUUACUACAUAGACGAAAACGGUAGUCCCAAGAUCCGCGAGAAGUACGCACUGCAACGCCAGCUGGCCGAAGAAAAGCGGCAACGAAAGCAGCAAAAGAAGCUCGAGCGGGCAGCCAAGUACGGCAGUUCGCUCGACGGGGAACCGCCGGUGCAGUGUUCCUGCUUCAGUUUCAGUCGACUGUCCCGCAAGCUCAAGGAGAUGUGUAAGGACGGUUCCAAAGUGACGACGGUUGUAGCUACACCCGGACAAGGCCCAGAUAGACCACAGGAAGUAUCAUACACAGAUACGAAGAUAAUUGGCAAUGGAAGCUUCGGUGUCGUCUUCCAGGCGAAACUCUGUGAUACGGGCGAGCUAGUCGCCAUCAAGAAGGUGUUACAGGACAAACGAUUUAAGAACCGUGAACUACAGAUCAUGCGACGACUAGAACACUGUAACAUCGUUAAGCUAAAGUACUUCUUCUACUCCAGUGGCGAAAAGCGUGAUGAUUUUCCCUUGGACAUGGGACUAUUCGCCGGUGCCUUGCAGUCGCAGAAAGACGAAGUUUAUCUGAACUUAGUGCUCGAAUAUAUACCAGAAACGGUUUAUAAAGUCGCCCGCCACUAUGCUAAGAACAAAUUAACGAUACCCAUCAACUAUAUCCGAAUUUACAUGUAUCAAUUAUUCAGAAGUCUUGCUUACAUCCAUUCGCUCGGUAUCUGCCAUCGUGACAUCAAACCACAGAACCUGCUGCUGAACCCAGAGACGGCGGUCCUGAAAUUGUGCGAUUUCGGUAGCGCCAAGCAGCUGCUGGACGGUGAACCCAACGUGUCGUACAUUUGUUCCAGAUAUUACCGAGCUCCGGAGUUGAUAUUCGGAGCCAUCAACUACACCACCAAGAUUGACGUUUGGAGUGCAGGAUGCGUGCUAGCAGAGCUGCUGCUCGGACAACCCAUCUUCCCGGGAGAUUCGGGCGUCGAUCAGCUGGUAGAAAUCAUCAAGGUUCUUGGCACGCCGACACGGGAACAGAUCAAAGAAAUGAAUCCCAACUACACGGAGUUCAAAUUCCCGCAGAUCAAAAGUCAUCCAUGGCAAAAGGUAUUCCGGACACGUACUCCACCGGAAGCGAUCGCACUGGUGUCCCGCCUGCUGGAAUACACGCCGGGCACAAGAAUCACGCCGAUGCAAGCUUGCGCUCAUCCGUUCUUCAACGAGCUGCGGGAAGGCAGCAAGUACCUACCGAAUGGUCGCGAGUUUCCACCAUUAUUCAAUUUCACCGAGCAAGAGCUUGCCAUUCAGCCGAGUCUGAACCUAAUUCUGAGGCCCAGAAACCAAAACGAGGCAGCAUCAAAGGCUGGACAGUCGUCCAGCGGCUCCAUGGAAGGUGGCAGCGGUAGUAGUGGCAAUGGUGGUGCCGGUGUAGGCAGCUCAUCUGGCAGUGGUGGUGUUAGUGGCAGUGGCGGCGGUGCCGGUGCCAGCAGCACUAGCGAUCCGACCAACUUGGCGCAGCAAUCCUGCAGUGGCGCAGCUGGCGGUGCCAGUGGUAGCGGUGUCGGACCGGACGACAUGACUACCGCUAGUGGAGGCGAUGCGGGCACUUGCCAACCCUCGGCUGCCACCUCCUCGAUGGGUUAG